AAUUGUUUUAUAAAUUGCUUCUUAACUUUUUAUAUUUUAUAAAUGUUAGGAAAACUUUAAGUUUAAUAAGCAACAUAUAAAGUUUCAAACAAGCAUAAGAAUUUUUAUAUUGGUGCUUGUUAAUUUCCUUAUAGAGGUUUAUAAAGAUGACUAUUGGAGGAUCAACCAAGUUGUACUAUGGCAAAAAGAAAGACCCAACUUAUCCACCGCAAGGUGUUCGUUGCCAGAAGUGUCUUGAAUAUGGCCAUUGGUCCUAUGAAUGUAAAAACAAACGAAAAUAUGUUCACAGGUCUUCCAGAACACAAACCUUGAAAAAAAGAUUAAAGACAAUGGACAUUGCUCAAAGGGCAACUGAUAAAAAAUCUGAGGCCAAAACAGACUCAAAGAAUGAUAAGACAAAAUCCAAAAACAAAAAUGACAACAGGAGCAGUAGUUCAGAUUCAGAUGACAGCAGCUCAAGUGACAAUAGCUCAUCUUCCAGCAGUAGUUCAAGUGAUUCAAGUUCUUCUGAAUCAGAUAAUGAUGAGUAGAAUAGAAAAAAUCACUUUGGGUAUACAGUUUGAGACCAAUAUUUUCUAAAUAAAUUAUGUUGAGAUUGACUAGUCUAUGUUGAGACAGCUGUGUUAGACAGUGACUUCCACAAAAAAAUCAAUGUCACUUUUGAUAUCAAACAAUGUUUGCCAAACAUAGUCAGCCUCAACAUGUUUUCCUUUGGUCUUACAAGGUGCUCAGAACACUUUUUCCUAAGUAUUGUAAAACUUUUAUGUAUGAUUUAAAUAUUAAAAGUUAAGUUUAAUAAAUUUGAUAAAUGCAUUUUCAACAUAUCGUCACCCUAAUAUAACAAGGUU